UUAAAGCAAUAAUCAAACAUCUUGAUCAAUUUAACUUUUAUAAAGUAGGCUUCCUAAAUUAGUAAUAGCUUUGCCAACUAAGAAUUGUUUAUGAUAUAUGAAAGAUUUAAAGUAAUAUUCAAAGAUGAGGACUUCUGGGGAAACCCUGUUACAAAUGAUUAUAUUAUUCUUUUCUCAUCUCUAUAGAAAAACGUGUUGGUCAAGACCUCCUAGCAGCACUGAUAAACUGAGUACGUUGAAACUUGCCCAGAGGUUUCAGUUUCCCUGGCAAGGGAUUUGACAAAAGCAGCAAGAACGCGGCAAACUUGGAGCUCAUCUCUAGCACGGCACACCUGCCUCUCUCACAAGGGAGAAAAGCAGAGCCAGAGCACGUCUCCAGGAAAGCCUCUGUGCUGGCACCGUGUCAGAGCUGGAUGCACGCAGACCCCGCAGCUCAGGUUGGUUUGCUGUAAAGAGAAGAAUUUGAUUUUCUUUGAAGUCUGCCCGUGUUUUACGUACAGAUCCUGCUGUGAGAAUUUUAAACGGAGCUCUCCCCCACCCAAGAAGGAGCCUGUAUGGGUGCUGCCCUCCUGGCAGGCUGAAAGGCCACCCGGACCACUGGCUUGCGUUUGUCAGGGCUGAACAGCAUGUGGGGCUUCCUGGUGAGACUUGAGUGGAUACUGUGCCUGUCCUCAGCUUUGGCAGUGAUGGCUAACUUCGGCGAUAAUCUACCCAGAAUUAACCAAACUCACCUGACUCCCUCUCAGCUGAAGAACCGCAAAGAGGGUCUGCAAAUCAAGGGCUCAGAGUUCACGCUAGAAGGCUUUCCAUUCCGGAUCCUGUCGGGCACUGUGCACUAUUUCCGGGUGCCCAGGAGGUACUGGUGGGACCGCUUGCUGAAGUUAAAGGCCUGUGGCUUCAACACCCUCACCACGUCCAUUCCCUGGAACCUCCAUGAGCCAACAGACAACGAUUUUUACUUCACUGGAACCCGGAAUUUCGAGGAUUUCAUACACAUGGCUUCACAAGUGGGGCUCUGGGUGAUUCUGUGUCCAGGCCCCUACAUCGGUAGUGACCUAGACCUUGGAGGCUUGCCCAGCUGGUUACUCAAGGACCAGAGAAUGAAGCUGAGAACAACUUACAAGGGCUUCACUAGAGCAGUGAAUCGCUAUUUUGACCAGCUGAUUCCCAAGGUGGUGCCACUCCAGUAUACCAAGGGCGGCCCCAUCAUUGCUGUGCAGGUCGAGAAUGAAUAUGGUUCUUAUAAUCUGGAUAGAAGAUACAUGCCGUAUGUUAAAGAGGCCCUGGUGACACGGGGGAUCGAGGUGCUGCUCAUGACUGCAGACAGUGGACCGGAACUGAGAAAAGGCCACAUAAAAAAUGUGCUUGUCACUGUCCACCAGAAGGGAGUUAAUCAAGAAACUUACCAAGAACUUGCUUCAAUCCAGGGUGCUAGCCCCAUAAUGAUGAUGGUAUAUACAGCAGCAUCUUUUGACACAUGGGGUCAACUCCGCAAGUAUCGGGACCCACAGAUGCUAAAGAGGGACGUGACAGAGAUGUUCAAGCUCAAGUUCUCCCUCAACUUCUACAUGUUCCACGGUGGCACCAACUUUGGCUUCAUGGGUGGAGCCACAAUUCUGCACACUUAUCUCCCAGUGGUCACCAGCUAUGACUAUAUGGCACUGCUGAGAGAGGAAGGAGAAUACACACCUGAGUAUACCGUGUAUCAGGAGUACUUUAACUCCAUUUUAGAAUUGCCCAUGCCCCUCCAACCAGACCGUCCAGAGAGUACUUCAUAUAAGUCAGUGAUACCGUUACAUUUCUUGCCACUGUGGGACAUCCUGGACUUCUUGGAACUGCCAUUCGAGUCUAUCAAGCCGAUUUCCAUGGAGAUGCUGCCCGUGCAUCAGUCCUACGGGUACAUACUGUAUGAGACUUACAUCUCCAAAGAUGGCAUCCUCUACUCCAGGGGUCACGUUCAGGAUCGCGCCCAGGUGUUUUUGAACGGGCAGCUCAUAGGAGUCCUGGAUCACUCCACUGAUCAUCUUUCUAUUAAGAAAAAUAAGCCCUACCAGAAACGGCAACUUCUGAGGAUCCUGGUGGAGAACCAAGGCCGACUCGCCUCCGGGGAAGACAUGAACACGCAGAGGAAAGGUUUAACUGGGGAUAUCUAUCUGAACAAUUCUCCACUAAGAAAAUUUGUAAUCUACAGCCUGGAUAUGGAACCGAGGAUUAUACGAAGGCUCUUUCGCAAAUCGUGGAGACCAAUCUCAAAACACGUCCAGGGCCCUGCGUUCUUCUACGGCAUCUUGAAAGUUGGGGAGCCGAAAGAUACCUUUAUAAAAAUGGAGGGCUGGACAAAAGGGGUUGUAUUUGUCAAUGGAGAAAACCUAGGACGCUACUGGAAAAAAGGUCCCCAGGAGACCCUUUACCUUCCAGGACCAUGGCUUCAUUCUGGGACAAAUGAGAUUGUCGUGCUUGAAGAGCAGAGAGCUGGCCAAGAGAUCAAGUUCUUAAAGUACCCUUAUCUAGGACCCUGAGUCUCCCCUGGUGUGACACAACGUAGGGAAUCGGCUGAGCUGAGUCAUUUCAGCAGUGGUGCCAUGAGCAGCUGUCAAUCCUGGUCAUGGGAACUGCCCUGGCUUCUUCACUGGUGCCAAGCUCUGCUGGGGUCUGCCGUCCCUAACCUGCCCAUGCCUUCCUCUUGUGGCUUCAGUUGGCUAACCUGUCUCUGAGGUUUACAGCAAGACACCCAAUGCACACCUUUGUCAUAUCACUGUAGCAAAAGCUGUUUAACCCUUGAAUCAAAUGUUGGGGAAAAAACUAGAAGAUGCUCAGAAUAUUUGGUCUCACAAAUGUAAAUCUGAAGCAAAAGUGAUCUUCCCA